AUGCCGGUGGGAGGACGGGUUGCUGGAAAAGUCGGGAUUUACAGUUCCCAUUAUAAUGGGAAAGGCUACAGUGGUAUAAACGAGGAGAUCAUUUGGAUCAGUAUCGGCAUGGGGAUCACCAUCGCUGUAUUGAUCACCAUCGCCUUGUGCUACAUCGCCCGCGAGAAGUGUCGUAAACGACACGAAGGAUAUUACGCCUCCUGACGCACGCUUCCGCCGCCCUCCUGGGCCUCUUGGUCCUUCUCCCCCUCGACGCCAGGCGUCUUCUUCAGCCCGACGACAUCGAGAGGCAAGCCGAGGGCGUACUACAUCACCGUCUAACGCUCAAGUCCGGUGACUAAUGACUGCGUUUCAGCUCGAGCGACUUGACGUUUCGUGGCGAACGGAAAAAUCGACCGACUCCUCCCUUUCCUUAUCCCUCGUUUCCACCCCCGUGCCACCGUCCAAGAAAAUAUUCUCCCCGAACCAGAGA